AGUCGCAUAUUGUGAUUGUUGCUUCCCGCACAGCGCAGCUCGUUCCGCAGCCCGGCAGCCGACAGACAUGAGACUGAGCCGCUCCGUCCUGCUCGUCUGCGCUCUUGCCGGACUCUACGUACACGCAGCAUCCUUGGUUUCAGAUGAAAGUGAUGAAGAUUUUAAUGAAAACGUGGCGGAUGUAGCAGAGCUCCAGAAAAGAGAUCAGAUGGAGAUGGAUGAAGCUGAAAUGGCUGAGGAUCAGAGGCUGGAGGACGAACACUACCUCGAGGAAGGUGGCGAUGAAGAAACAGAGGAGGAGCAGAAUGAGGCUCAACAGGAAGCCGACAACGCUGAAGAUGCCGGAGCCAUGGAUGCAGAGUCAGAGGCUGGCACCUUUACCGAAGGUGGCCCACAGCUCCUUGAAAGCAAAUCAGAAAUGGAAGAACUUCAAGAGAGUGUGAGACAGAAGCGAGAGCACACUGAGGAAGAGGAAAGUGAUGAGUUAGAUGACUUCAUUGAAGACCUAGCGAAUGAAGAAGACGACAUGAAGUAACUCAGCAAGUGAAAAUGUCUGUGGGCAGAGGGGCACCCACACCGGACAAGGGAGAACACUGCCCUCGUCCACUGAGCCAAAAUGCUGUUAACCAAUAAAACACACUAAUCUGUUAGCCACUGUUCCAAAACGACAUUAUUAUGAUCUUUUGUUAACCGAUACUGACCUUUCCUAAAUGUUUGGAAUUUGUUAUGCAAAACACAGCAACCAGAUUUCACUACCAAAUGUGAUCUCACUCUAGUAAUAGUCAACUGACACUAUAAGAACAUGCUGUAAUCACAACUUCUGUAUUUGUCUUUAUGUUUCUAUGUCUUUCUCACCACAAAUCUGACCGUUGAAAGCUAAGAAUGAUGUCACUGCCUACCGGGGGGGGAUUCUGUUUUUCAAACUAGUGCACAAUAUAAGAGCUCUACAGACAACGUUUUAGUCCUACUUGUCUGAUGUGGUUUUCCAGUCCAGCACCUUGGACUUUAGUUAAUCCUUUCCUUUAUUUAAAGCCAAGACAGGCCUUGAACCCAGAAGGCAUGCAGUGCUCCAACAACCAAUAAAAAGACUUUGAGUGGACUUGAUGGACUAAAGCCUGGCUAGCUGGAGCUCGCUUCCUUGUGCUUUAUAUUUAUAAUGUGCUGGCUGUGUGUGGAGGUGUAGGUAAGGGAUAAGCAUAACCCAUGAAAAAUUCCCUCAACUCAUCCCCAUAAAAACCAGUUUUUUCCUCAUACUUGUACCUCUUUAAACUGUUGUAAUUCACCGACAAAGAGAAGCUUUGAGUGUUUAUAAAUAGGGCUUGCAUUUUCUUUUGACCAUCCUUUAUUCCAUCAUUUUGAAAUAUUAAUAAAUUCGCUACAAUAUUUAUUCCUGA